UUUCUUGUUUGUAUGAUAUAGACAAGAAUUAAUGCUACUAUUGUUUAAUUGAUUACAAUAUACAAAUUUGUGAAGUAAAACUAGGAAAUUCUGUUGAAAAUUCAUAAUAGAAUGAAAGCACGCUAUUUAACAUUUUUCUCCUACAUAGGUACUGGGUUUAGGUCUUCAGAAAAAAUUUGGCUCAAGGAGAACAGAAAUCUACCAGACCCUGAAAGCGUGCAGGGUAUGAUGGAAUUAUCACUUCUGAAACUACGCUCCUUGAAUUAUCCUAACGUUACUUUGUCUAGCCGAACAGAUGGAGGAGUCCAUGCAUUGAAAUCAAGUGCACAUUUUGAUCUGGAAAGAUAUGGUACACAGAUAUAUGAUGCAAACAAUAUUUCAUACCUUAUGAAUAGGUAUUUCUUUGUCAACAACAUAGGUAUAAUUGUGAAGCAGUGCCUCAGGGUGUCAGAUAAUUUUAAUGCAAGGUUCAAUGCCACUUCCAGGAGAUACUUAUAUAGACUAGCAGUGCUAAAAAAAGAUGUAGUGAUACCAGAGAAUGUCUCUAUAGCAUCUGUCAUACCUGUGGAAGAAUGGAAACGGUGCCACUUCAUCAGAUUAGCAGAAUUCGACAUAGAAAAAUUCAAAGAAGGAGCUAAACAUUUAGAAGGCUACCACGACUUCUCGACGUUCAAGAAAUUCGACAAACUACUCCAACACAAACACAACCGCAGAGAGUUGAAGAGCGUAACAAUAAGGGCGGGUAAACCCGUUGUGACUGCGCACACGGAGAGCAGGGGGAGUGCAUUCGAUUAUUGGGAUAUCGAAUUCCACGGACGCGCUUUUGUACAUAAUCAGAUUCGGCGCAUGGUAGGCACUCUGAUAUCAGUAGCCAUCGGCAAACUCCAGCCUGACGACGUCAAGUUUAUGCUCCAGAUACCAUCGAAGCACUCGUGGCAUUCUUUCAUACAGAACUGCCCUUCGGACGGUCUAUAUCUUUGCGAAGUGGAAUACGACCCUAAAGACCUGUUUUACGACCCCGAUACUACUGUUGAAAGUGAAACACUCGUUGAAUCAUAAUAUGUGUGCGAGAACUCCUACUGAUCCUUA